GGCUUCGAUAUUGGCAGCUUGAUUGGCCAGUUUGCCGGAGGAGGCGGCGGUGGCGGUGGCGGUGGUGGUGGCAGAGGUGGCGGUUUUAGCGGCGGAGGUUUGUGCUCUUCCAAUACUUUUUUUUAA